AUGACUCGUAAUGAUCCGAUGGCCCAACAACCCAUCAACUAUGCUACCCUGGCCCUCGAGCUCAUCCGCCGUGCAAAGUUACCGCAUCCGAAUGGCGAGUUGCUCAAGUGCUAUGUCAAGGAAUCCGUCGGCAACGAGGUGGCCGCAAGAUACUUCCUAAAAAGGUGCUCUCGCAGCAGGUGCUGCGAAGGAACUGGCCUCCAAGGUUUCUUAUCGGACUGGAAAAAACUUGUGUCAUCCUUCAGAUGGAUUCAUGUCUCCCGAGGAAUCCUCCAAAGGCAGCAAAACCAGUCUUACACAUACCUCAAGUCUGUAACCUGCAAAGCCAACUCUAUCUUGAAAUGGCUCGCUGUGACCCUCAUUGUGGCGUUCUUCGCCGUCUGGAGACUUAUGCCCGGCAAUGUCCGUAUGCGCGGCUACAAAGCUUUAGCCUACGUUGGAAAGCGCAUUUACCCAGCGUCAGAAAGCUUCAAGAUCCAGCGCCUUCCGUUCGGUCUCUUCCUCAAAGGGACGGAUUUGCGAUGGCAGCAGGGCCUUAUCAAUGAAUACCAUGCUCUAAAGAUGAUACCGCGUUACUGUACCACAGCGGUCCCUCGUGCCCUGGACCUCGUGUCGGACUCGGACGACAUCUACAUGGUGAUGACCAGAAUUCCCGCCUGCCACCUGGGUCUCUGUUUUGAUACACUCGACGAUGCCGAGGUUGAAGCUCUCAUCAGGGAUUUGAGGAAGUUCGUCACGGAGUUGCGUGCAAUUCCUCGAGCACCCGAGGCGGAGGGCAAAAUAUCCAAUGUGAUCGGAGAAGCGUGUUUUGACCAUAGAAUCAACCUCGGGUUGACAUUUGAUCAGGGACGAGGACGCGAUUUUGUCGGUCCCUUCGCGAACGAGGAUGAAUUCAAUGAUAUCUUGACACACCCAGGCGUGCCAGACGUAAGGCAUCGCAGCGGGCAUCCAAUAGUCUUUACUCACGGAGACCUUAACAUGCGCAACGUCAUGAUGGAGAAUGGCAAGUUAUCUGGUGUUAUAGACUGGGAGAACUCGGGCUUCUACCCGGAAUACUGGGAUUACACGAAGGCUCACUUUAUAACCAAGAUCAAUAAGCGGUGGCUGGGAAUUGUCGAUCGAGUAUUUUCCCCCAGUGGGGAAUUUGAGACCGAACUCGAGACGGAAUUCAAGUAUUGGCGUUACUGUCAGUAG